AUGCGAGAUUCGGGCUGCGAAGCUGGAGUCCAACAUCAUUUCAUCAACGCCGGGAUAAGCGCCUGCGGGAAGGGCGCGCAGUGGCAGCGAGCGCUGGUGCUGCUCAGCGAGAUUCGGGAGGCGAAGCUGGAGCCCGACGCCAUCUACAGCGCCGGGAUCAGCGCGUGCGGGAAGGGCGAGCAGUGGCAGCGGGCGCUGGCGCUGCUCACCGAGAUCUGGGAGGCGAAGCUGAAGCCCGUGGUCAUCUCUCUACAAUGCUGGGAUCAGCGCGUGCGAGAAGAGCGAGCAGUGGCAGCGAGCGCUGGCGCUGCUGAGCGAGAUGUGUGA